AUGGACCAAUAUCCUUUGAAAAACCUCAAAGCCAACUCCCUACACUAUUACGAAGCAACCCUAUGCACUUUGCUUCUUAGUCUCAUCUACACUAAGAAGACACUAAUUAGACCGGGGAUGGUUCCAAUAAAUUUGGGCAACACUCGUCUUUCUGGUCUUCGCCGCCGGUUGAACGAGAUUUACAAAGGGAAAAUGAGUCGGGCUAGUGCAGCUGGUGCCAAGGGAAAGAAGAAGGGUGCAACCUUCACCAUUGACUGUGCUAAGCCAGUUGAAGACAAGAUCAUGGACAUUGCUUCACUUGAGAAGUUUCUUCAAGAGAGGAUUAAGGUCGGUGGCAAAGCCGGUGCUCUUGGUGAUUCUGUUACUGUUUCCAGGGAGAAAUCAAAGAUCACUGUUACCUCUGACAGCAAUUUCUCCAAGCGUUACUUGAAGUAUUUGACAAAGAAAUACUUGAAGAAACAUAACGUAAGAGAUUGGCUAAGGGUCAUUGCUUCAAACAAAGAUAGGAAUAUCUAUGAGUUGAGGUAUUUCAACAUUGCAGAAAACGAAGGAGAGGAAGAGGAUUAA